AGGGAAGUAAAGAGACAGUUAAGGUGAAGAAGAAUGAACGGAUAAACCCUACUGUCCGAACUUGAAGAAUGCUCAACGGUCACCUCCUUCCCUCUUCCCUUUCUCUUCCCUAUCAUCUCCAUCGUCCCUUUCUAUUCCCCCCAUUUCCAAAUCCAUGCCGCCAAUCUCUCUUCUUCUUCAAACACCCACCAAAAGCAUCCAAUAACGACGCCGACCCAUCUCCCCCAAAACCCUCCACUCGCAGGGGCCGCAAGAAGAAAACCGAUGAUUCGCCGUCUCCUCCACAAUCGACCACAAACAAACCUACUCGUUCUCGAAAAUCACAAACCCAGAAGGGUUCAAUCGACGAACAGGAAAUUGCAAGUACAAAUCUUGAUGAAAUCGACGAAGACUACGACGACGGGAUUGAUUUCCCUUAUGAAGACCCACCUUUGGUUUGCUGUUUUGGGGCCGCGCAGAAAGAGUUCGUGCCUAGUGUUAGAGUAUCAGAGGAACAAAUGGACCCGGACAUCUAUUCUCAGUGGAAGAUGCUUCAAUGGAACCCACCUGAGUUCGUGAGGGCUCCGGGAGGGUCGCCGUCAAACGUGGCGAUAUCGCUCGUCCGGUUAGGGGGAAGGUCGGCGUUCAUGGGUAAGGUCGGGGAUGAUGAGUUUGGUGAGGAGAUGGUGCUUUUGUUGAACAAGGAAAAGGUUCAGACAAGAGCUGUGAAAUUCGAUGGAAAUUUUAAGACAGCUUGUGCUCGUAUGAAGGUUAAGUUUGAAGAAGGGAAGAUGAAGAUGGAGAUGGUUAAAGAAUCAGCUGAAGAUUCUCUGCUUAUCUCUGAGAUUAAUCUUGCUGUUCUCAAAGAGGCUAGAAUGUUCCAUUUCAAUUCAGAGACUCUAACUUCACCAUGUAUGAGUAGAACCCUUUUCAAAGCCAUAUCAUUAUCAAAGAAAUUCGGCAGCCUCAUAUUUUUUGAUCCAAACCUUCCGCUACCCCUAUGGAAAUCGCGAGACGAGACAAGGAAUCUCAUAAAGAAAGCAUGGGAACAAGCUGAGAUAAUCGAAGUAUCGAAACAAGAACUCGAAUUUCUUCUCGACGAAGAUUACUACGAAAAGAGGAGAAACUACGUUCCUCAAUACUUCUCCAAAACCUACGAACAAACCAAGAACAGAAGAGACUACUAUCAUUACACCCCCGACGAGAUCUCUUCGUUAUGGCACGAUCGGUUGAAACUUUUGUUUGUUACAGAUGGAACCCUUCGGAUACAUUAUUACGCCCCUUCUUUUGAUGGGGUGGUAGUUGGGACGGAAGAUGUGCUUGUAACUCCGUUUACUUGUGAUAGGACAGGAUCGGGUGAUGCUGUUGUCGCUGCUAUAAUGAGGAAACUAACGACGUUUCCUGAGAUGUAUGAAAACCAGGAUGUUUUGGAAAGGCAGCUUCGGUUUGCUGUUGCUGCUGGGAUCAUUGCACAAUGGACGAUUGGUGCGGUUAGAGGGUUUCCAACAGAAAGUGCUACACAGAAUUUGAAAGAACAGGUUUAUGUGCCUUCAAUGUGGUAAGUUUUGAUUAUAAGAUUAUUAUGUUGUAAUUUUUGUUGAUGAGGAUUUUUCAAGAUGUCAUUUCAGAAUAUAUAGAAUUUAAUAGAAGAAGAUUCUUAGUGUUUGGCUUCUUCA